AUUGUUGCUCGUCGCUCCCCCCCUAAUGGCUCAGGGGUGUCACAUGUGGACUUGGGAGAGUUGGGAGGAAGCUCCACAAGCUGUAGCUGUCUACUGCUACUACUACUAUUGUACGAGUGUCGAUCGGUACCGGUACCAUCGGCAACAUGCGCGACCGGCACGUCGCAACUCCAGUACAACUCGAUCGUCCUCCGCUCAUCACCUGCCCGAAUUAGGCCUGGAGCAGAAUAUCUGGCCCAGCCAAAAUAACCCUGACGACGAUUGCGUGCAAUCAGUCGCUCGAGAGGGCAUGUCAGCGAGCUUUAACCAUAAACUCUGGCGGUCCACAACGGGACUGGACGAUGCUGGAAUGGAUUUGCGUGUGGCGCAAUUUAGUGCCCAUACCAGUCGGGAGUUCGACUCUGCCGCGACUCCGGCGGGGCUGGGAAAAGAACUGCCUGUCUUUAUAGCUCUUUGUACCAUUGCUGGUGCUGUUCUCUUUGCUUUUCUGAUUUUGAUAUGGCUGCGACAGCAAAUGUCGCGUGAGAAGGACGCGGAAGAAGGUGACAGACGCGGUUUGGUGGAGGAAGGUAGAGUCUGUCCACCAGAUGAUUCAAAAAAGAAUUCAAAUGCAAAAGCUCUGUCCGAGGUGAAGUGGGUGGCUGAACCAGACUCAGAAAUCCCAGCAGCCUCGGCAGUAACAAAAAAAUCAGUGACUGUAGAAACAGCAGCAGCAGCAGAAACCACACAAACAGUCAUUACUUCUGAAGCAUUCAGUGCCCUGUUCGAAAGGGUCAAAGUGAAAUCGGAGAGGCAAUGCGUUCCGGAAUUGGUUUCGAAUCCACCGACUUCCUGCUUGGAAUCUACGAGUUCAGAGACGAUAACUGAAAGCGCAAGCACCUCGUCGUCAACGACGACGACAACCACAAGUUCGACAAUGGCGACAGUAUUCAAAAUGUCGAUGGCAUCAAGCUCGUCGAGUUCAUCGAACGUGUCAACGAGCACAAGGAAAAUACGUUCGCCUCGGCGAGAUCUCGGCAAUCGACGCACGCUGUCCAUGUACUCGCCACACGUCUCGGCAAUCGCGACUCCCGAGCGCAAGCCCGACCAUCAGCGUCGCGGUAAAAACUUGUUGGAGAGACGCGGUUCGAGCGCAAGUCUCACAAUCGAGUUGGGCCCGACAACGGAGAGCCUGCCGAACAUUGUGACGCCGACGCGCGAAUUCACGGCUGAAGAGUACCUGCUGAGCACGGGCAACGUCCUCUCUAGGGUUCAGCUCAGAAAAGCCAUUGGAGAUCCAAAUUCCCUUCACAAGGAAUUUUGGGAAGUGCCGCCCAACUAUCCCGAGGAAGUUGACAUUUGCGGCUCUGGCACGAAAAAUCGGUACUGCUCGGUUUUACCAAACCCGCGAUCUCGAGUCGUGCUGCCCGGAAGUGACGAUCCGCUCGCUAGUUACAUCAAUGCCAAUUACGUUAGAGGCUACGACGAUGAUACUCGUUACAUCGCGACACAGGGACCCUUAUCGCAUACUAUACAGGACUUUUGGAGUAUGGCUUGGUCGGAGAGGACUCCGGUUAUCGUUAUGAUUACGAGACUACACGAGGAGGCUAAAACAAAGUGCGAGGCGUAUUUCCCGCUCGAAAUAAACUCACGAUUACAGGCCGGACCAUUUACAAUAAUACUCAACUCGAUAGAUACCAGAGGAGGCUACAUUGUUCGUGAUCUCGAGGUUCGCCACGAAAACGAGAGGCGAACCAUCCAGCACUACUGGUACGAUUCGUGGCCAGACCAUGCUGUCCCAGAAUCGUCGGACGCAUUGGUUGGCUUGGCCGCAGAAAUUAAUACAUUACGUGGACCAAUAAUCGUGCACUGUAGUGCGGGAAUCGGCAGAACUGGUUGCUUUAUCGCUCUUGCUACUGGAAUGACACAAUUGGUGCGCGAGGGCAGUGUGGAUAUUCUCGGAAUUUUGUGCCAAAUGAGAUAUGAUCGUGGAGGUAUGAUACAGACUGCUGAACAAUAUGAAUUUGUUCACAAAGCAUUAUGUCUGUUUGAAGAGACGUUGGAACAUAAAUCGUUAAAGGAAAAAAAGGAUAGAGGUUCAUAAAAAUAAAUCAACCAAGUUUUCUGUGAUUCGCUUCACUUAUGUAAAGAAAUUUUAACGACAACCAAUGAUAGGGCUGCCAUUUAUAAUACUGCCGUGUAGUUUCGACGAUACAGCAAAGGACGAAAGAAAUCGGCACGUGUGCAAGGUAUCAUGACAGUUUUAUUUAUCUUUUAUCGUUUGAUGAAAAUACAGCCGAUCGUAAAAUAUUUUCGAAAAAUUAGUUUUACCACUAGUGCUAUCGUUACUUUGAAAGACCAAAAACUGUCGGAAUUAAAUAAAUUAAACAAGGCAGCUGACAUAAUUGAAUCAGUUAGCUUUAAAAUGUUCAAGUCUAAGACAAAAUGAAUAGUUGCGGUAAAUAUAGGCGUUGAAAAUUUGCUCGUAACCUUAUAGAAAAACAAAAAAUGUGCUCUUGUCCAAUUUUUUCCAGUUCCUAAAUGUAACAUAAGUUAAUAUCGACACUCGCUUCUACAAACAUUUUUGAGGUCAUCUAAAAUCAUCCGUAUCAUCCUCAUUACUGAAUAUUAUUGUUACUAUUAUUAUUGAUUUUCAUACUUUGCAGCAAAAUGACAGAACCCCGUUUUACUGCCAUCCUCUUCUAUAUGGAAUAAACUUUAUAUUUAUUUCGCCCUAACGUCGCUGAAUAUUCCGUUAUCUUUUUUAAAUAUCUAUUUUUAGUAAAAAAGACUGAAUCUGCAUGGAUGAAGUACAAUAACACUCAUCUUUGCAAAUUAUUUUAUUAUAAAUUUAACGUAAAUAACGAGAUUGCAGCGGUAAAAAGUAUAAAAACUCUAAAAAUUAAAUCUUCACAAGUAAGAUGUUCACUUUAUAAUCAAAUACGGUUAUUGAAAACACUGAUGGUAAUAAUAUAAAACAAUAAUAAAAAAAUAACAGUAAUAAUUAUAAGAUAGAGAAUAACAAGUGAAUAUUCUGCUUAAAAAAUGAAAAUCACUCUUAAAUUCACAUUCACGUGAAAUGAAAGAAAAAUCUAUUGUGUUCACGGUAGAAAAUCAGUUACGUGUGAAACUUCCGACUUAACUUCAGUACAAUCAACUGACAUUACAUAUUUGAUCCAGAUCUUAUUUUGGAACAGUACUUAACUCGAUAUAUCAUACGAUUUCGAAAUAUUACCUGGGCCAGAUACAAUGUCAGUCGAAGUAGGUAAAUACAUAGCUCUGCUCUAAAAGUAUGCAUAGUCAACCUACACCUUUUACCGAGUCCUUUACACGGAAGGUGUGUCUAUAUAUCAAUUAAAAAGUAUACUUACGAAUGGGGUCGCGAAAUUCCGCAAUUGCUUAAAAAGUAUCUGUUGUAUGUAAAGAUGAAAAAAAAAAAUGAUGGUAACACGUAGCUGAUUGAGAAAUCUUUUCGAUAGGGUAGUGUGUAGGUAUGCGAGAUAUGAUAAUAAAGGACAUUAAAUAAUAUAUUCUAAAUAAACUGUAUAAAUAUAGACUUUGUAUCCUUGUUGUUACAGUGAAAAUUAGCAAGAAAAAGUGGUGUUUUAGAAAAAACUGUCAAGCGAUAACCUUUAGUUUUUCCAGAUAUUUAAUUCGAUCCUUUAAAUUUCUUUUGCUGUAAAAAGGAUGUUUUAUCGCAAUAUUUUAUCUCAUUUGAAUGUACGCAUUUUGUUUCUACUAUCAUACCCGUCUUUAACAUAAAUAAUCCCUUUUUUUUCAUUUUCGAGUCGAAAGAUAUUUGAUGAAAUCGAUAUCUGCUUUAGAUUUUCAAAGAAAAACUUUCCAACAGCAACCAAAAAUUAAUGACUAUCGUCAAACGAUAAUUGUAAAAAAAAGCGGGUAUAUUUAAUUAAAUGUAAUUAUGAGGCAUAAGUGACCACAAAAGACAACCACAUGUAACACUUUUUCGUCAUCCUGAUGUGCCUAAAAAUUAAUGGUAUUCUUCAUAAUAUGUUAUAAAACUAUAUAAUCAAACAUAUACAUCUCUUAUCGAUUUCGAGAUAUGCUCAUGAAACUCUCAUGUACUCGUGUAAAUGAUUAAAAACACACAUGUAAUAUGCAUUACUUAUGGUUGAAAAUACGUUGUAUGUACCAUAUUGGUUGAUUCAUUUUGGUCAAGAAUCCUAUCAAGUAUUUUAUGAUUUUUUGUUUUCAAAUUUUACUCUCUCUCUCUCUCUCUGUCUCUUUGAGUUGUAUUUGGAAAUUUGAUAGUUCUACUCUCAGUGCACUGGUACGUAAAUAUUUUUUAAUUAAAAAUUUUAAAAUUUUUGUGCGUACUUUUAACGUAUGACUCAACAAAAAUUAAAAUGUCAUAAUUAUACAUCUUUUAUUCACGCUCGCCCGCAAUGUACCACAUUUCUCAAGUAUUUUCCGCGUGUUCCAUUAUCGAUUGCACCCACAAUUAUUUUUAUUUUCCAAACACGCACUCACUUACUCACGAGUUAAUGAUCUCGCGUGCAAUUGCCCUUUAUUUUUUUUCACCUAUUUUUCGUUGCUAAAUUUCGAAGAGUAAGAAAAAAAAAAAAAAAAUUUAUUUUCGUGAAAAUAAAAGAUGGGAAUUGUUUUCGAAACACAUCGUCAAGGUAGUGAUGUAUCAAAUAAAGUGUAAGAUAAUGUACAGAAAACAGUAUAUAAGAAAAAAAUACCUACGUGUUUAAGUACGUUCUGGCUUAUUGGGCUAAUUAUAAAUCCGCAAAGGAACAUCAACAUUAAUACCAAUUCAAAAGCAUUGAUUCCUGUCACCAGACUGCGCUAUGACUAUAGUAAUACGUAAUUUUAAGUAUAUCAUGUAAAUUAUGCGAGUGUGUGUGUAAAGUAAUGUAGUAGCAAAAUGUUUAUUCUAUUCCAUAUUCGAUAACACUUGCUUUAUAUUGUAUUAUACUUAUUUAAAAUAUGCUUAUAAAUUCUAAAAUGACCUUAAUCUCGAACACUAGAAAAAGUGGGGGUUCUUUUUUUGUUUGUUUUAAUUCUGAAAAUCAGAUUUUUAUAAAUCGUUAACAAAUGUUACUUCGUCUCGUGUCCUAAACGAAUAUUUUUAUGGUUUUAAUUGUUUUUUAUAUAGUUCAUUUCUUUACAUUAUUUUUAUGAAAGCUCAGUUUUUGUUGCAUAGUCGACAUUGUCUGUAUAGAUAUAUCUAUUUUAAUACACCAUUAUUCAAGAGCUUUUUAUUAAUAUUUUAAGGUUUAUGCGACAAAGACAAAUUUUUAAAACAUGUGUAUAUUAAAAACAAUUUUUUA